AUGGCGUCUGGAGAUGAUAAACUUACUGUCAACAAAGGGCUAGAACUCAGUUUUGCUGACCCUGUGUCGUCCCUCAAAGUCGAAGAUGUACAGGUUUCCGAGGUUCCUCAGCACGAUGCAGAGUCAUCGACUGCCGACCCCGACCUCGCUGGAACAAUUUCGAGCGAGCCCAACAUCCGGAGAAGGAUUGGGCUUUUAACAAUGGUAGCAUUAUGCUUCAACAUAUGCAGCAGCUGGGCUGGUCUGUCUACCAGCAUUCAGAUCGCCUUGUUGCAGGGCGGCCCUGUGACUCUGAUCUACGGAACGAUUCUCAUUACCGCAAUAUAUCUGUGCAUCAGUCUUCUCAUUGCGGAGCUGGGAAGUGUAUAUCCCACUGCCGGUGGUCAGUAUCAUUUCACCUCUAUAUUGGCUCCUGAAAGAAUGACUCGAUCCUUGUCAUACGCUUGCGGCUUCAUUACAGUAUUCCAGUGGGUAUCCAGUGGCGCAGCCGUGAUGGUCAUCACGGCAACCCAAAUUAUGGCGCUUGUGGGAUACUUCAACCCGGGUGCUCAAGGAGAAGCGUGGCAACUUUUUCUCAUCUACCAAGUAAUAGGAGUACUAGCCCUAUUUUGCAACCUCUUCAUCCUGAAUAAACUACCUAUAAUGCAUACCAUUGGCUUUAUACUCAGCAUCGCCAUAUUUUUGGCUACAUUCAUUGGAAUUCUAAGCCGUGCAUCUCCCAUGGCUACCCACGAAUUCGUUUGGACUACAUUCAUCAAUCAAACCGGCUGGUCCGACGGUGUUUGCUUCUUGACGGGCCUCAUUACCCCUGCCUUCAUGUAUGGUGGCCUUGACGGAGCCUUGCACUUGUCCGAAGAGGCCAGGAACCCUCGGAAGAUUGUGCCGAGAGCCUGUGUUGGUGUCAUUAUAGUCGGAUUUUGUACGGCUUUCCCUUUCGGUAUUGCUCUGCUUUACAGUAUCAGCGAUUUCCAAGCUAUUAUCGGAAGUUCGGGGUUCGUUCCCUUUGAGAUCAAUGCUCAGGGACUACGAUCGGGCGAUGCUGCUGCAGCUCUGUUGUGCGCAGGGUGUGUUUUGGGUUUCUUCAUUCUCAAUGCACUGCUCCAAAGCUCGUCUCGUCUUGUGUGGUCUUUUGCCAGAGAUGAUGGAUUUGCGUUCUCACACAUCAUUCGCCGAGUCCAUUCAGUAUUGAAUGUCCCAUUAUGGGCCACUUUCUUGAACUGGUUAUUACUCGCACUCUGUGGCUUUUUAAUACUGGCGUCUCCGAUAGAUUACACACCAGUCGUACUGGGUAUCGUCGGCAUUUUGGGACUGAUCAACUGGGUGGUAUACGCCCGCAGGCACUUCAAAGGACCCCGUAUUCAAUUGGAAGAUAGGCCAGUGUCUGGAAUUGAGGUCAGGGUUGAAUAG